AUGGUAGGAUGCGAGGAGGAGUUCAUGAAGAUAUUGGAUCAGCUCACACAACAAUCAGCUAAGAAGCGACAAGUUGUAUCAAUUGUUGGCAUGGGAGGAAUAGGCAAAACUACUUUAGCUCGAAAAGUUUAUGAAGAUCCAAUAAUUACUUCUCAUUUUAACAGACGAGCAUGGGUUUCUGUAUCUCAAGAGUAUAAUGUGGAACAAAUGCUCCAAUGCCUUAUGGGUUUUGUUAUUGCCGCAUCAAGAGAUGAACUCCAUGAACAGAGCAAUGCACUGGAUGAACAAAGAAAUUCCAAAGACAAAUUAGCAGAAAAUCUGCAUAAACGGUUGAUGGGUCAGAGAUAUUUGAUAGUUAUGGAUGAUAUAUGGAGUACAGAUGUUUGGGAUAGUGUGCACAGAUGCUUUCCAGAUGAUAAUAAUGGAAGUCGUAUACUAUUGACUUCUCGGCUCAAAGAAGUUGCUGAAUAUGCUAGCUCAAGUAACUCUCCUAUUGAUAUGCCUUUCUUAGAUGCCAAUGAAAGUUGGAAUCUCUACUGCAAUGUGUUUGACUAUGAGAUCCCUGUGAAGAAGUUGGUUAAGUUGUGGGCAGCAGAGGGAUUUUUGGAGCCAGUGAAGCAUCAGAAUAUGGAGGAAGUGGCUAUGAAAUUCUUGCAAGAUCUUGUUGAUAGAAGCCUUGUUAUAGUUAGCAAACAAAGUUAUAAUGGCAAAAUCAAGGCAAUAAAGAUACAUGAUCUGUUGCGAGACUUGUGCUUGAGGGAAGGCCAACACAAAAAUCUCUUGAGUGUCAUUGGGGGAUUUACUCUUUCAAAACCUUGUCAUUGGAUAAGUAUUAAUCCCCAAUAUUUCCAUAUUCAAUACAAGUUUGAGCUCUUUGAAAAAUUCCAUUCCUUACACACUUUUGAAUUUAUUGAUUUAAGCAUUGAAGCAUUUUGUAGCUUCAAACUACUAAGAGUAGUAGACAUGAAGCUUGGAUACUGGAACUUUGGGUACGGGAAUUUUAGAGAUAGGUUGGGGCAGCUUCAGAAGCUAAGCAUCAAAGAUCCGCGUCUUCCAUGUGUUCUGUGUAGUAGCAUCCCAUGGACAACUGAUUUUCUACCAAAUCUUAAGAAGCUCAAGCUCAUGGAGACUGAUUUGCCAUGGAUUGCUAUGCGGCUUAUUGAGGCGAAGAGUGGAAACCAUCUAAGAGAGGGUUCCGUCGAUUGA